CAACGACUUUUCACUCACACACUCGCACACACACACACACUCUAAAUUGUAGUCUCACUGCCGACUCUGAGAAUCUGCUCUCGUUCAGGGGACUGGACAGGGACAGAGUAGUAGCUCCUAGUGGCACCUAGGUAGGCAUACACCCAAGAGCCAGUGUGGUGUGCCAGGGAGGUUACUGUGCCCCACCAUUUCCAUGUCCAAGAGCAGCAAGCGUCGCAGCAGCAACAGCAGCAGCAACAUCAGCAUCACCGGAUCAUGACGCCCUUGUCAGAAGAGAACGACGACAGUGCUCCACCAAUCCAAGCCAUUAGGCAGCGGCAUCGGGAGAAGUUGACGCCUCCGGCGGAAGAAUCACCGGUCAACGAGGCGGCUUCUGCUGGUGAUGAAGUCGUCGAUGAAAAGUCCACUGUAAUCAUGCCGCCGCCGCCGCCAAGGAUCGGGAGCACUGAAGUGGGCAGCAGUGUUCUGCUAUUGACGCCCGACGAGAUCAUCGAGUCCUACGAACGAGCCCUGCAGGCAGCCAUUGAGGGCAUAGAAGGCGGCAACGGCGACGCCACCCAAAGCAAGUGGAAGAAACUCCGAUCGCUCAGUGUUCAAUCAACGCUUAGGGCCGUACGCGACGGUCUGCUGUUCGUGGUCGGCGGUUUCUUGCGUUUCGUUCGACGCCUCGAUAUGCACGGCGGCGGUACCGGCAACAAUAUCAACUUUGUCGAAGGGCUAAUCGACUUCCUCGCCGGCUCCCUGGGCGGUGCGGCGCAGGUAUAUGUCUCCCAGCCCCUCGACACGGUCAAGGUCAAGCUGCAGACCUUCCCGGAGGCAUAUCGCGGCAUGUGGGAUUGCUUUGUGAGAACCUAUCAAAAGGAUGGUUUCGCCCGUGGCCUCUAUGCCGGCUCUAUACCGGCGGUGUUUGCCAAUGUUGCUGAAAAUUCGGUACUAUUUGCCGCCUACGGUGGUUGUCAAAAAUUCGUAACAUUUCUGGUGGGCAAGGAGACGCCCAGUGAGUUGACCACCGUACAGAAUGCCUGUGCUGGCUCCCUAGCCGCCUGCUUUUCCACGCUCACCCUCUGUCCCACGGAGCUGAUCAAGUGCAAGCUUCAGGCGCUGCGCGAGAUGAAGCAUUUUGUGGAGGCAGCCCACCCGGAGGACAUGAGAACGCCAUGGACGUUGACGCGAUACAUUUGGAGGACCGAGGGCAUCCGAGGCUUCUAUCGGGGCCUGAGCUCUACAUUCAUACGCGAGAUGCCGGGCUACUUUUUCUUUUUCGGCAGCUACGAGGGCACACGUGAGUUGCUGCGAAGAGAGGAUCAAACAAAAGAUGAAAUAGGACCAGUUCGAACGAUGAUCGCCGGCGCCAUUGGUGGUGUUUGCCUUUGGACCUCAACAUUUCCAGCCGAUGUAAUCAAGAGCCGGAUUCAGGUGAAGAACCUGAACGACAGCAUGUUCACCGUGGGAGCUGACAUAGUUCGGCGCGAAGGCGUUUUGGCCUUGUAUCGCGGCCUGCUGCCAUCCGUCCUGCGUACCAUUCCGGCAACAGCCACUCUGUUCGUCACCUACGAGUACACCAAGCGAGCGAUGAGCGCCACGCUCUGAUCGGAAUCAAGAGAGCUAAGCUACUCCUUAACUCCUUAGUAGUAGCAGUUGUUUGGGGCGUGGCCGCGGGCGGUCAUCAUGAAAUAUUUCCUUCUUCUUCUCUUUUUUUUCUAGAUAAUUCCUAGACCGUAGUGUUGUGCCUGUAUAUUGUUCAGAUAUUAAUGCUAAUAAUGCUAAUGACUGACUAUUA